GGUGUUGGUCAGUGUUGGUGCUGCAUCGGUAACCUUAGAUUUCAAGUAUCUUUUGUCAACAACUUUGUAUGUCUCGUUGCAAGUUAUUCUCAAUUUCAAUCAAUUUCGAUGUAUGAAACGAAUAAAAGAGAGAGUACCUUCGUAGAGAUUUAUGAGCUCUGAGAGUCGAGAAGAAGCCGAGAAAUUGAAAAUUAAAUGUCAGAGAGAUCGUACUGAAAGUCUAGUUGAUCCUCUGAUUCGAAUUGAUUCAUUCAAUUAUGAUAGCCAUGGAUUUGUUGUUCGGAAUACAAAUAAAUUCUGAGAUUGUCAUGCCGAUUACAUUGAGUGGCGUGAACCUGAAGACGAAAGUAGAAACGCUGAAGCAAGAAGCCGCGAAAAGGUGGAAUCUGCCCAAGGAUUCAUUUGAAUUUAUUUAUUAUGGGCUUAUACUUGAGGAUGAUGCAACAGUGGAAUCUAUUGGAUUGAAGAAUGGAUCAAUGGUGCAUGCAUUAAAGAAAAAAGAAUCAGAGUCAUCAAUAUUGAAUAAACAUAUAUCAGAAGAUUGCAUAUUACAAUUGGCAUCUGCAUUUAAAUCUUUCAAUGAGACCCCUGCAUUUAGAAAUGCUUUGCAUCGUUUAAGCAAAAGACCAGAGGUGAUAGAUAAUAUUAUUUCAUCCUCUCCUGGAUUGCACGAAGAUGCAGUCGCCAUUGCCAUGUUGCAGGAUCCUGAAUUAAUGGCGCAUUUCAUAGAUGUUGAUACUGUUAGAAGAAUAGCACAGUUGCAUCCAGUGUUAAUUGAGGCAGCACAGAACAUCGCAGCAGCCGUGCACGAGGAAGCGCACAACGCGGCCUCCAGCGGCUCCUCCAGCAGUUCAGUGACCAGUUCACAGCCUACUACUGCACGUUCCUAUAGCGUGGAUAGCAUGAGCCUUGAGGAGGAAAUGGCGCGCGAUAUUGCCCACUUUUUCGCCACGCAGCCUAUAAAUGACAGUAAUCUACGUUUUCCUAAUGUGUCGCCGGCUACGAAUUCGCAGGCAUCGCAGCGACUGGAUAAUUUGCCAUCCUCCACAUCCGACGGUGUCAAUCAACCUGCAACUGACAAUCAGAGCACCGGCGUGAUCACGCCACAAAUGUUCAUGGAAGCUAUGAGACAAGCCGCAUUGGCGACCAAUUCAAAUCCGCAGCAGCCAGUCGCGUCACCGGCGACCUCCUUGUCGCCAGUAUUACCGCUAUUCUCACCACCAAUUAAUGAUCUACAGCGGCAGUUGGCACAGAUGCAUGAGAUGGGUCUUCAAGACGACACGAUAAAUGUUCAGGCAUUGCAGUUUACCAAUGGUGACGUGCAAGCAGCCAUCGAACUUGUGUUUAGUGGUUUCUAUGAUAAUUAAUGGAUUAGAAACGAUGAGACGAGGUAAUAUAAGUGAUUGCAGUAUUUGUACAAAUGUUUCAGAAAAUAGUGUUUUCCAGAUGAGUCAGCCUGAAUAUCCACGACACAUGUUCUCAAUUUGUAACAUACGUUGAUGCUGAGUAUUACUGAGUCAUACAGAAUGUGUUCAAGAUGUGAAAUUUACUGUUUGAGGGGGACUUUUUUUAUAUGAUU